AUGCUUCAGACGCAGCUGAAGAUGCUUCAGACGCAGCUGAAGAUGCUUCAGACGCAGCUGAAGAUGCUUCAGACGCAGCUGAAGAUGCUUCAGACGCAGCUGAAGGCAGAUGAAAUCUUCUAUCAAAUGUUAAGAUGCAGACGUGAAGACGCAGCUGCAGCAGCAGACGAGAAGACGCAGCUGCAGCAGCAGACGAGAAGACGCAACUGCAGCAGCAGACGAGAAGACGCAGCUGCAGCAGCAGACGAGAAGACGCAGCUGCAGCAGCAGACGAGAAGACGCCGCUGCAGCAGCAGACGAGAAGACGCCGCUGCAGCAGCAGACGAGAAGACGCAGCUACAGCAGCAGACGAGAAGACGCAGCUGCAGCAGCAGACGAGAAGACGCCGCUGCAGCAGCAGACGAGAAGACGCCGCUGCAGCAGCAGACGAGAAGACGCAGCUACAGCAGCAGACGAGAAGACGCAGCUGCAGCAGCAGACGAGAAGACGCCGCUGCAGCAGCAGACGAGAAGACGCCGCUGCAGCAGCAGACGAGAAGACGCCUCUGCAGCAGCAGACGAGAAGACACCGCUGCAGCAGCAGACGAGAAGACGCCGCUGCAGCAGCAGACGAGAAGACCCGGAACAAAAUAUAAUCAGAGUGUGUUUUCCUGAACCUGAUUCACAGCCGUCCAGGAACAACGUGAAAAGAUCAAUUGGCAUAUAA